AUGGAUCUGGCAGGAACGCUGAAUACUCUCAACUUCUCCUCCCUGUCAUCACUCAUCAGUCUCAACCUCCCAUCCAACAAGCUCUAUGGAAGCAUCCCUCCCACCAUAGCUGCUCUUUCCAAGCUCACCUCCCUUGAUCUCUGCACUAAUUACUUCACCGGGAUAAUUCCACUGCAGAUCGACUCUCUAACAAAGCUCAACUCCUUGAAUCUUAGUGCGAAUCAGGUAAGUGGUUCCAUCCCUCCUUGGCUAAGUAAUAUGACAAGGCUUAACUUCUUAUACCUAGCCGGAAAUAACCUUUCAGGUUCUAUCCCGAAGGAAUUAAGAAAACUUGAGAAUCUGGUGCAGUUGAUAAUCUCGUACAACCAGCUAACAGGUUCCAUCCCUCCCACUUUGGGAAAUUUAACCCGGCUUCAAGAAUUGGAUUGCAUGAUCACUGGGGUAUCUGGCUCCAUCCCUCCUGAAUUAGGGAAUCUUGUAAACCUGGAUGCUUUAGCUUUAGGUAAUAACAAUCUGACAGGCUCCAUCCCUCAUGAAUUAGGAAAUCUUGUAAACCUAGAUAUUUUAACUUUAGGUAAUAACAGUCUGACAGGCUCCAUUCCUCCUGAAAUAGGAAAUCUAGUGGAGUUAACUUAUCUAUCACUUGAACAAAACAAUUUAAAAGGUUCCAUCCCCGCCAGCUUAGGAAAUUUAACCAAGCUUGAAUUCUUGCAGGUUUCUGAAAAUCAGAUCUCUGGAUCAAUUCCUCAUGAAUUAGGAAACUUGACCAAGCUUGAAUUCUUGCACCUUUAUGAAAAUCAGAUAUCUGGAUCAAUUCCUCAUGAAUUAGGAAACUUGAGGAACCUUAUUGGGUUAUCAUUGCAGAUUAACCAAAUCUCUGGCUCAAUCCCUCCAUCUUUUGGUAGCUUAACCAACCUCAAUGAUUUGCGCUUACGCGGCAAUCAACUAUCUGGUUCUUUGCCUCAGGAAUUUAAUAAUAUUAUAAAUUUGAAAGUUCUUCAAUUGGCAAACAACAGUUUUUCUGGCCAUAUACCCCAUGACAUAUGCAAAGGAGGAGUUCUAACUCUUCUCGGUUUAAACAAUAACCAUUUUGAAGGUCCGAUUCCCAAAAGCUUGAAAAACUGUACAAGCCUAAGUAGAGUCGAACUUGAGCAAAACCAACUAUCCGGGAAUGUAUCUGAAAAUCUUGGAGUGUAUCCACAUAUGUCGUAUAUUGAUUUAAGCUUCAAUAGACUGUCUGGUAAGCUCUCCCCAAGUUGGGGGGGAUGUUAUAAUUUGUCGCUCUUAAAAAUCUCCAACAACAAGGUUACAGGAAACAUACCACGAGAAUUCGGAAAGUUAACUCAACUGCAAGUACUUGAUCUUUCGUCGAAUAAUCUAUUAGGAGAGAUUCCGAAGGAUUUGAGCAAGCUGACUCAUUUAUAUAACUUGAAUUUGAGCAACAAUCAACUUGUUGGAGAGGUGCUCUUCACCGGCGACAGACGCAGCAAGAGAUUGGCCGUAACAGAUUGGCCCACCAAGAAGGGAUCGGAUACGAGCAAUCAUGAUAAAAAAUCAGAGCUCAAUAUUCAACAGGAUCUGCGAGCAAAUGAAAGAAUUAAUGAAGGCACUCCACAGCCUCCAACAGCAACAAACACAACAGCAGUAGCAGCUAUCGGUGGAGGAGCCAGUGGCUCAUUCAGUGCCAUCUAG